GGUAGGCAGACCAAAAAAAAUCCCAGUUUUUGGAAAAAUUUUCCCUAUCCUUUUCUCCAUUUUCUGAUUUCUUUCUUCUUUUCCCUUUAAAAACUGUUUAAAGGACUAAAGUUUCAGCCACCCCUGCCCGGGCUACUCCCAUCUGAGCCCUGGUUCCCCCGACCUCUCCAGACUCCUCGUCGCCGUCAAUCCGACGUUUCCUCCUGUAAGUCGCCGUGAAUGACCUAAGGCCUCCACAUCGCCUGCUCUUGGUCAACCAUCUUCAACUAUAUACAUGUCGGUACUUGCAGUCACAGAAAGACUGCAGAUGGAGAUGGUGCCAGAUACCGAAGCAUUUAUGAAGUUUGCAUUCCACCAAGCAAAGCUUGCUUUAGAUAACCUUGAAGUUCCUGUUGGCUGUGUCAUUGUGGAUGAAGGAAAUAAUAUUAUUGCCUCUGGAAGAAAUCGAACCACUGAGAGCCGAAAUGCUACGAGGCAUGCAGAGAUGGAAGCCAUUGAUGUGCUUUUGGACCAAUGGCGAGAAAAUGGACUUUCAAAGGAUCAAGUUGCUGAAAAGUUUUCAAACUGCACCCUUUAUGUCACAUGCGAGCCGUGCAUUAUGUGUGCUGCAGCCUUAUCAAUGCUUGGUAUAAAACAAGUGUAUUAUGGCUGUGCAAAUGAUAAAUUUGGAGGUUGUGGAUCGAUAUUGUCACUGCAUUCUGAAGAUCCUUCGAGGAGGGGUUUCAAGUGCCAAGGAGGAAUAAUAGCAUCAGAAGCAGUCUCUCUUCUACGGGUUUUCUAUGAGCAGGGAAAUCCCAAUGCACCUAGGCCUCAUAGACCACCGAGUCAAUUGGUUUAGGACUCUGUAGAUUCUCUGAUUUAGAUCAAUGAAAGUGACCGACUCUUUGUUGCUCCUACAAUGAUACCUCUGUAAUCAUUCAUUAUUAAGAGAUUUGUUAGUGAAAUAAGGAUUGUAUCAGUAAGCUUCGGAGUAAGGCCUUAUCUAUCUUCCCCACAAAUUUUUAAUUGCCU